GCAACCACCAUCCGCUAGCCUGUUUAGCAUCAGUCUGGAUGAGAAGCUAACCUAAAGAGACACAGAAAAAAACUGUCCUCUCUCUUUCGGUUAUGUAUUUCGCUUGAAUUUACUGAAGUUAAGAGUCGUCCAAGUGACUAAAUCGAAAGCCCGGUCGAAGAUGCAGUUCAUGCUGUUGUUCAGCCGGCAGGGAAAACUGCGUCUACAAAAAUGGUAUGUGCCUCUGUCUGACAAGGAGAGGAAGAAGAUCUCCAGAGACCUGGUCCAGACCAUACUGGCCAGGAAGCCCAAGAUGUGCAGCUUCUUGGAGUGGAGGGACCUCAAGAUUGUGUACAAGAGAUAUGCGAGCCUGUAUUUCUGCUGUGCAGUCGAGGAUCAGGAUAAUGAGCUGAUCACCCUGGAGAUCAUCCACAGAUACGUGGAGCUGCUGGACAAAUAUUUUGGCAGCGUGUGUGAGUUGGAUAUUAUCUUCAACUUUGAGAAGGCCUACUUUAUCCUGGAUGAGUUCCUGCUGGGCGGAGAGGCCCAGGAGACGUCCAAGAAGAACGUGCUGAAGGCCAUCGAGCAGGCUGACCUGCUGCAGGAGGAGGCCGAGGCACCGCGGAGCGUUUUAGAAGAAAUUGGGCUGACAUAAAUCAUCGCCUUGCAGUUCCUCCUUCCAGAUGCAGAUCUGGCAACCUCCAUGUCUCUAUCCUGUCUUCUCCCUUUCACUGUCAGUGUUGUAUGUAUAUAAUCACCAUUCUGUACUGUAUUACCCCUAACUGUACUUCCCAGUGAUGUCCUUUGAAUGUGGUGCCAAUUGUGGUUUUACUGUGUCUCCUAUGUACAAUCUCCCUCGCUGUAUUCUGCAGAACUAUUAGCAUACUUCACACCCCUAACUUCUUAAAACUCCACAGAGUACAAUGUAGCGACGACAUGAAAACUCCAGCAUCAUAUUAAGAUCAUCUAUCAUCAGCAGUUGCAGACUUGUGUGUGCUGUUUGGCUUCAAGGACUUUUUAAGGUGCUGUUGUAGCUGCAGUUGGUGCUUCUCAUGUAUUACCAUCACAUGCGAGUCAGAGCAUCCGGAUCUCAAAGAAUAAAUAUUCAGCAUCUGGGACAUGUAUAAAAAACCGACCCAGAGGGUUGUUUAAUAAAGUCAUUAUUCUAAAUGAAUAUUCUAUCCAAUGCACAAUAAAAAGGGGUUUUAACUUCUUUCUCAAAAAAAAACCAAAUGCAUUACUUUUCAGCUGUGAUCAGCAGCUCUGUACCUGGCCACAGUCUUCAUCCCAAGAGGCAGACAUUUUAUUAGGUUACUUUUGCUUAUUCAUAAUGCAAUCAAAAAAAUUUUUUAGUUGCAAGACAAAUAACAUUUGUGAUUAAAAAUAUAUUAUUGUGAAUCAAAAAGUUUUGUUUGCAAAUCAAAAAGAUGUAACAUCAAAACAACCUGGGAUUUGCAAAUAAAAUGUGAUUUGCAUGAAUACAUUUUUAAUCAUUAAUUUUACUUCCAACUAAACAUUUUUUAACUGCAGUGUGGAAAGUUUCGCUGGUUUGAUUGCAUGAUAAAGACACAAUCAAUCAGUAUAAGAGUAUAACUAAUAAUAGAUAUUUUAAGUCCAAAAUUAGAAAGGAAAUGCAUCAUUUAGGAAAAUAAUCUUUAUAAUGUAGUGGACAGAAUAUUUCUUUAUCCAGAUGAAUAGUCUUUGAGGACUCUGGAAAUACAUUCAAAACAGCAGCAAGUGCUGCUAAAUGUUUUUGCCCGCUGUUUCCAUGUCUCAAAUGUAAUUGUUAAUACAUGUCAGGCACCAAUGGGGACUUGUGC